AUGUCCAUACCAAAGGUCUCAGCCUCCGACAUCAAAGUCGUCAAGUCCGGUGAUACCUAUCAGGUCGAAGGAUUCUACGCAAGACGACCCCGCGAAUCGUUUGAAAUAAUCAAAAUAUACCAUCCCUCGAAUUUGCCCGGAAAGCAAAUUGUCGUUGGCCGGGUUCUCAUGGAUCCGAGAGCUGCAACCCCUCCGCACACCCACAGCGGUGCAGCCAUCGUUGCUGUUGUCACUGAAGGCACCGUCCUAAACCAGAUGAACGAGGAUAAUCCGAUUCUCACGAGCAAGGGAGAGGUCUUCUACGAGAGUCCAGGCUGUCAUCACGUCUUGUCGGAGAACAAUACGCAGGAAAAGGCCUCCUUUAUUGUGGUGCUGAUUGUGGAUGAUGAGGUCGUGAAGGAUGGGUAUGAGAGUCUCGUUGUGUUGGAUGCGGAGAAACAGGACGGAAAUUGA